UAGGCUUUCACUUUCAGCUCUCGAGGCGGGGUUAGUGGUACGGCAUAGAGUGAGCGCGAGGGGCACAGCGGAGCGUUUUGCAAUGCAGUACCACAUGCAGCGGACUUCCAACUUCUACCCAACUUGAAUAAGAUUCCACUUUAUGAACUCUAAAAUAACCAUGUACUCCCCUUACUGCUUGACACAGGAUGAAUUCCACCCGUUCAUCGAGGCCCUGCUGCCCCACGUCCGAGCCUUCUCCUACACAUGGUUCAACCUGCAGGCCCGCAAGCGCAAGUACUUCAAGAAGCACGAGAAGAAGAUGUCCAAGGAGGAAGAGCGUGCAGUCAAAGAUGAACUGCUGGGAGAAAAAUCCGAGAUCAAACAGAAAUGGGCGUCGAGGCUCCUCGCCAAGCUCCGCAAGGACAUCCGGCCAGAGUUCCGGGAGGACUUUGUCCUCACCAUCACCGGGAAGAAAGCCCCCUGCUGCGUCCUCUCCAACCCCGACCAGAAGGGUAAGAUCAGGAGGAUCGACUGCCUGCGCCAGGCCGACAAGGUGUGGAGGCUGGACCUGGUCAUGGUCAUCCUGUUCAAGGGCAGCCCACUGGAGAGCACGGACGGAGAGCGGCUGGCCAAGUCGCCCCAGUGCUCCAACCACGGCCUGUGUGUCCAGCCGCAUCACAUCGGUGUCUCCGUCAAAGAGCUGGAUCUCUACCUGGCCUACUUCGUCCAGGCACCAGGCUUUUGUACCAGAGUCAAGCAUGAAAUGUGUCCAGUCCCCAAAACCAUAUACCCGCACAGAAGGGUUCCCUCGACCUCUGAGACAGAAGGAGGGAAUGGAGGGAUACUGACUGAGUGGAGAGUGGAGAGCAGAGCUCCAGGCCAGUCCAGGCUCAGUCCCAGCCAGAGAGCAUGUUGAGGGUGUUAAGCCAGGGAACAUGGCCUAUUCAGCGGGUUCAUCUUUGGCAGUCCCCCUGUUCCCCAAUACUGCCGCUUAGCUAGCUACUCACACAGCUUGGCUAAGGCUAACACUGCUAGCUACUAUAACAUUAGGUUUUCUAUGGUGAUGCUACACAAUACAGAAUCAGAUCCACAGUGGAUAUUAUCACACAUUUCUUUUGUUGCAAAUCAGAAAAACAAUAGAACAUAUUCUGGUUUUAGAGCCCGACCGAUAUAUAUUGUUUCACCAGUAUUAUCAGCUGAUAAGGGCCUUUUGACGCUAUAUAUCGAUAUUGGCCAAUAAUUCCACAAUAACUGAUAUUCAAUAAGUAGGGUUAAGAAAAGGGAAUCUAAGGCUCAUCUGAAGACUCGCUGGCAUUCUCAGGAUGUGUCAUUAUUGUCACAAUGUUACAAAUCAACAUUUGAAGCAUAUUUCUUUGAUAAUUGCUGUUUUGGAUGGCAAUUUAUGAGAACUUUUACAUUUCCUUUCAAUGAAACAGUAUAUUGACAGAUAUAUCAGUAUUGGUAAGUAUUGUGCACCAAAAAAUCUGAAUCGGUGUCGGACCCGGAAAAAAACAUAACGGUCGGCCUCCAGUUUUUACUGAACGAAAAGAGAGAAAACGAAAGAAAAAAAAUCAGCUUUUUAUUUGUGGAUGAAAGAAUGAAGACUCGUGAUGAGUGUCGUCUUAAUUCGGGGAGGGAGGAUUGGGGGGGAUGUCUAGUGGUGAGAAGUGAGAGGAAUACUAGUGGUGUCGUCGGUGGCGGUUGGUUUCUGGCACCAUGUAGCUUAGCUGCUCUCUGUGGAAGAUGCCAAAUGUUCACACACUAUCCUUGCCAACCUCCGUCCUUCUGAUCCUCUCUUUCUUUCUUUUCUUUCUUUCUUUUCUUUAUGUUGUCCCCCUUUUGUUUAUAUUCUUCUUGGCGGUUCAGAUGAAUGCCCUCUCAAAGGCUCAUUAGCACCAUGGACCGACUGAACUGUUUGUCAGUGGCAAAAAAAGAUUUCUGAACAACAAUUUCGGGAAUGAAAAAUGUAGGUGAAAAAAAAUCCUGAAAGAAAAGGUUUUAUUUUGCCUCUUUAUUUUGGUGUUGUUAAUCGGGAGAUUUUACUGUCGUUAGUUUUCCUUUGUUUUGAUAAAUUCUCUGACCUUCAUAUAUUCUGUGGAAGCUGUUCAUUCAAUCAAGGUGUGUUAUUAUAGACAAGGGGCGAUAAUUAGUGAAAAUAUUAGCAAAUACUGUUUUAACCUUUCAUAUUGAUUAGAAUUUUAACAAAGGCCUAAUUAUUAUAUUACAUUUAAAUACACUAAAUUAUGUAUCAUAGUGAUUUGGCUGAUAUUCAGGUAUCAUUACUGCCGUAAUUGUAUAUUUUCUCUCUCAAUCUCUCUCUCUUUCUCCGAGGAGCCGUUUUCUCUCCUUGUUCCUUUUGCUUCCUUCUCAGAAUCCACUUUAGAAGACAGCCUUGGUAAGGGCAUCGUUUGGUGUUGGUUACGCCGUGAGAAGGAGAGAGGUUUAAAGCCUAGCCGUGCGAGAGGGUGGUAGCUAGCUAGGGCUAAAGAGCAAAGCACCACAACAGAGCAAACGGCAGAGAAUCAUCAUUUGGCAGAGAGUAAGUCUGUGGAAGAGAGUACGCCUCAAAUCAGUUUGGACACAGAUCUAGGACACUAGACGGAGGAGAAGAAAGAGGGAUGAAACAGGAUAGAAAGAGGGAUGAAACAGGAUAGAAAGAGGGAUGAAACGGGAUAGAAAGAGGGAUGAAACGGGAUAGAAAGAGGGAUGAAACGGGAUAGAAAGAGGGAUGAAACGGGAUAGAAAGAGGGAUGAAACGGGGUAGAAAGAGGGAUGAAACGGGAUAGAAAGAGGGAUGAAACGGGAUAGAAAGAGGGAUGAAACGGGAUAGAAAGAGGGAUGAAACGGGAUAGAAAGAGGGAUGAAACGGGAUAGAAAGAGGGAUGAAACGGGGUAGAAAGAGGGAUGAAAUGGGAUAGAAAGAGGGAUGAAACGGGAUAGAAAGAGGGAUGAAACGGGAUAGAAAGAGGGAUGAAACGGGAUAGAAAGAGGGAUGAAACGGGAUAGAAAGAGGGAUGAAACGGGAUAGAAAGAGGGAUGAAAUGGGAUAGAAAGAGGGAUGAAACGGGAUAGAAAGAGGGAUGAAACGGGAUAGGGAACAACAGGAUGGGGGGGCACACAUGAACGUCUGUGUUUGAGUGUGUGUGCUGUACGUGGUGGUGCGUGUGCGUUGCCUCUGUGUGUCUUCUACUGUCCCUCAACCUCAAUGAGGAUUAGACAAACCACGACCGGGCCAGUGGACGGUGGUAGAUACAUGGUUAUGAAGGAAACAAGGCUCUCUCCUCCUCAAAAGGCUCCAUUCAUGAUGAACUGGAGAGAUUUCUCUGAGGGGAGAGAAAGGAGGGUUCAGGGGACACCAUGGAGGGUUCAGGACCAACACUUGUUUUAGAUAACAGGGUGAGUUUUAUACUGUGGCAGGA